GCGUAACAUUAUGUAGAAAGGCAUAGCCACUUCCUUGUUCCAUGCUCCGUGGCUCCUCCUCAAACUGUGAACCUCGAUCCUCUCCAUGUUCAAGGUUUCCAACAUCGUGAACGUUACGCCGAUGGGGGUAAGGUCUAUUAUUCUACACGUUGCUUGUUUAUCCUGAAUUACUAGCCUUGCUAGUCUCAUCUCUGUUGGCUUAAUCUUUACUACUACUAAAUAAUUCAAUUCAAGUCAUAAGCCAUACUUGCUACUCUCUUGACUUUCUUAACUUUCUUAACCCUCUUGACCCUCUUGACCCUCUUGACUCUAUCCAAUCCCAAGACCUCGGCAUGUCUGAAGAAAGGAGCAAGAUAUCCCUUCGUAGUGGUCCUAAGAGGAAAGGCCGCCCUACCAUCAGUGCCCCUCGCCAGAUCUCCGAGCCUAUUCCAAACGAUGGAAAUGGUGUUCCAAUUGUUCGUGGUACCGGUGCGAGAGUAGGGGUUGACAAUCCUCUGCCACCAAAGCAACGCCCACCCCCUUCAGCUGGUGGGAAAACUAGCGACCUGGUUAAACGAAGAUACUCAACCCGAUUCAAUAAUCUCCCUAGUGACUUCGACCCGAAUGCUCCGCCCGUUCCUGCAGUGCCCAACUUCGAUAUCUCAAGAUACGACCAACCACCACGCUCGCGACAGCCUCCGUCUCGCGAUGGAGCUGCGCCUGGUGGUUCGGUUAGGGGCGCCCCGCCAACUGUUGAUGCAAAGGCACUCAGAGAUCCGAGGCUCGUCCCUGAUCAAUACGUUGCCAAUAUCUUGAGCGAGGCCACUGAAGAUGAGAUACGCGAUUAUGAAACUGCUCUACGAAAGUUGAAGAAUAGGGCAUCGGCAGAUCUACAACAGAACGUCUAUCAGAAUCGGGCACAGUUUAUCAAAAUAAGCAAGGAAGCCGAGAAGCUGAAGUCUGAAAUGCGCACUUUGCGCAAUUUAUUCAAAGAGCUUGCCACCAAUACGAAUGCGUUGAGAGCCUCCUCUGGUAGCCACAAUACCUCCGUGGGUGGAGACUUUGCGACAACAUUGAGCAAAAAGGACAGACGCAGCUCCGUAGCAGAUAGGACGGCCCUUUGGAACGCUCAGAUGCAGGCUCUCUACAAGAACGUUGAAGGUUCUCAGAAGUUUUUACCUAACUCUAUGGGUAGACAUAUUGUCCAGAAUGCUGGGGCCUGGAUUGAGUUAGAUAAUGCUACAUACAAAUCUCGACGGUCUACACAACUGAUCCUCCUCAACGAUCAUCUUCUCAUCGCUUCGAGGAAGAAACGUAAGACAGACAACCCGAAUGACACACGGGCCCCCGUUACGAAGCUUGUUGCGGAUCGUUGCUGGCCGUUGUUGGAUAUUGAAGUCGUCGACAUGGCUGCAACCACUGAAUCGUUUAGUGGCAGGAAUAAACUUGCAGAUGCUAUCAUGGUGCGAGGAGUAGGACAGGAAUCUUUUAUCUAUCGGACAGAGAAACCCGAGGACCCCGAGAAGACGGCCUUGAUGUUGAAUAUCCGAAAGGCAGUGGAGGAACUGCGCAAGAACUUGCAGUCCGAGAUGGAGGCCAAUAACAAGGCCAAGGAGACCAUCAACUACUUCGCUUCCCGAGAUCCAGGCCUAUUGCAAAAGACAGAAUUACUGGAGACUCUCUCCGACAUUAAGGACAUGCUGAUAGAAGUAGAUGGGAAACAGCAGAACCUGCGCUGGGUUGAGGGCCAGAUGGACGAGCUCGACAUCGACAUAGCUCUCCAACGAUUCGAGCUAUCAGUGGACCGCGUCGAGAAGAUGCAGAAGCUCUCUCGUGGGCUCAAGAACAAUGUCAUUGCCCAAGACUUCAUCGAUUUCAAAGUCGACGAGCGAUGCACAAGGCUCGCUGCACUGAUCAUACGAGAACUCAUCGAUGCGCAUAGCCAGCCACUAAAGGCAAAGCGUAACGUCGAAUGGCUUAAUAGGCUUGGUUUCGAGGAUCGUGCACGAGAGGCGUACCUUAAGGCGCGCAGCGGCCUAAUUCAAAAACGGUCUAGACAAUGCAUCUUUCAGGGCGAUCUACACCUGUAUAUUUGGCAGAUCUCGUUCGUCUAUUUCAGUAUUAUUAGGAACACAGUGAGCUGUUUCCAGAGCUGCUUUCCUCAGACGAUGAUGAGCGCGUGUGUGAAGUGGGCCAAAGAAGAGGUAGACGCAUUCAACGUGAUCUUAGCUAGGCAGCUGAGCAGCACGGAGAAGGAUGGUGUUGUAUGGGAGCAGUGCAUGGACAGGGCCAAGACCCAUGCUAAGAUGCUGGAAGAAGUUCAUCUAGAUUUCCGAGAUCUGGUGGGUAGAAUACCCCAGGGUACGAAAGCUAGUGAGGCCGUUGGUCUUGGAUUGACGUAGUAGUAUUAUGCAUAUAUAUCACAUGGCAUGAUCCUACAAUGACUUGUACGUACAUAGUAACUUUGAACCAUACAUUUACAUGAUUAUAUGUAUCCAAUUCAGAAAUAUAAACAUUCAAUGUUGAAUA